UUUAUAAAAUAUAAAAUAUUGCAAUAUAAAAAUUAAAAGUAUAAAUAUAUUAUUGUGUACGUUUUAAGCUACAAUAUUGUAAUUUUGUAGAAAAAAUAAAAAUAUUUAUUAAAAUUAUGUUAUUCCUUAUAAACAAACACUAAAAAGUUACGGAUAGGGGCUUCCAAAACACAUUUCUGAAUAUAUUAUCUAUUCUCAUUCUCACAGAUUGAAAUCAAAUUAUCACAGAGUAUUUGUUACCAGUUGAAGUCUCUAAUAAAUUAAGCAUUGGUUUGUUAUUUGUUAUUAACAUAAAAAAUUAAUAAUUUGUCAUCUUACUCACUUCAUCAUUUUACCCCCUCCCCCUCUUUCCGCGCAAGUACACCUGUGCAAUUUUAGCUUAAUUUUUUCUCAUACGUUUCUUUAGCUCUUUUAUAAUUUUAUUUUGUAUUUUUCUUUUUUCUUCUCUGUCUGUUUUUUCGCUUUGAUAUCUUCAGUAGAUAUAAAAUCGCAAAUUUUAUGGUCUAUCCCAAUAACGCAGCUGUCUACUUCGCUGAUUUGUCGGUAACUUUAAAAAACAACCAACCGCAUCUGACACACAUGCUCGAUUGUGAUUUUUGCAUCCAAAAUGCGCAAUACAAAAGAUACCCCGUCUUACCUUCCUUCACUUUUUUGUCCCACCUUCCCUAUAAAAAAAUUUAUGUAUAGCUAUAUAAUGGAUUAUAUACUAUAUUUAAAUAUUUUGAUAUAAUUAUAUAUAAUUAAAUAUGUUUAUAUGUAUAACAAAUUUUUUUACUGGGUAAUUACGCAGAUUUAGAAUGGGCGAUCGGUCUGCAUCGCUGUAUGUUGAAAAUUAUCGGUUUGUGGCCGGAACAAAACAGAAAACAGUAUAAAGAAUUCUUUUCGAAGUUUCGAAUGCUAUUUAAUGCUACAGCAAUAGUUUUUAUAUUAAUUAUACCGGCUUUAGCUCAAUUGAUUAAUGUAUGGGGUGAUAUGAUCCAGAUUAUAGAUAAUUUACAAUUCACUUUGCCCUUCUUAGUAACGAUACUUAAAGUCUUCAUUAUGUGGUACAAGAAAGCAGAUUUAUUAUUGUUAACUAACAAGAUUAUAAAAGACUGGACGCGAGUGAAAAUGGAUAAAGAGCGAAAUGUCAUGCUAAAAAAGGCUAGGAUUACCCGCUUAAUCUUAAAAGUCGGUGUAUUUGUUACAGUUUUGGCAGUGUUCAGUAAACUUAGCUCUGUAUUUUUUAAAGAAUACAUUUGGCAUGUGAACAAUCUUACUAAUCAUGAAAGAUCUUUACCGUUUCCUACAUACAACUGGUACGAUGUAACCAGCAGCCCGAAAUACGAACUAACAUAUCUGGCACAAACAAUCGGUGCAAUUGCUGUCGCUGUUACAUAUGUUGCGGUCGACAACUUUCUUGGACUACUGAUCUUACAUAUAUGUGGUCAGAUGGAGAAUCUGAAUCUGCGAUUACUGAAUUUGGGGAAGCAUCCGGAUUUCAAAGCGGUUUUAAAGUACAACAUUAAAGAUCACAUUCGCUUGAUCAGAUCUGUAGAAAUCAUUGAUGAUUCAUUCAAUUUAUUGCUGCUCGCUGUGAUAUGUUAUUUUAGCAUACUAUUCAGUCUUUUUGGAUUUCUAGUACUUACUGCUUUUAAUCAAGAUACUCAAUUAUCGAUCGCACAAAUGUCUUGGUACUUUUUCGCGGGUGGAUCACUUUUAAUGCACACUUGUCUUUAUUGCGCGGUAGGCGAACAUCUCGUGAAUAAAUCUGAAGAAGUACAUAGCGCUACGUAUGAAUGUGAAUGGUAUACUCUAGAGCCAAAAGCAGUAAGAAACUUGGCAGUAAUUAUGGUCUGUGCAAAGAAACCACUCAAUAUCACAGCGGGAAAAAUGUUCCCAAUGACAAUGUCUACAUUUUGCAGCGCUGAUGGCGUAAAAGUUCACCUGAAAAAGUUUACAUUACCGCUCAUGAGUGACUUAACUAAUCCUGUGGAAUACCUGUACAAUAACUGUACAAUAACCAGAUGUAACAUCAAUUCCGUAAACACCAAAUUCUAGCUCACGUACUAAUAAUUCAUUAAAUAAUUAUAAAAAACAGUAGAUGUUUAUCAUUAUUCGCGCAUCUAUAAUAAAAAGUUAAGAAAAAUAUUGAGUUUUAUUUGUAACGAGUUAUUAUCUGUGAUAAAAAAUGUUAGUACUUUUAGUUUAUACAUGCUGUAUACAAAUAUAAAAAAGAUUUGCUAGAGAAAUCGACAGCAAUGUGGUCGUAUUAAAAUUCGAAUUCACAUUUACAUUUAAAAUAUAUAAAUUUAUGUGGUUACAUUCUAGCUUUUCAAAUAUCAGCAGCAAUACAAACACGUAAUCUAUUCAUCAGUUUCUCUAAUUUUACAUGUUUUAAUCACAUGCUAAUUGCAAUGUUUUAAAGCGCAUUUUGCUUCACGUAUGAUAUAGACAAUGCGU